GGCUCACCAUAGAUACUAUAAAUCACAUUUCACGAGAAGGUCUCACCAAUAAGAUAUUGGUGAACGAUCGAAUUUGUUCAAGACAUUUCAUUUCUGGGAAGCCCGCCUAUCUUUUUGAUAAGAAUAAUCCUGACUGGCUGCCUUCCUUACACCUUGGCCAUGAGAAACAAAUGAUUGCUGAUGUCUCAAGAUGGGAGAGAGCCAAAAAAAGGAGCAGCAGCUUACUACCGAUUUACUCUGAUGCUGUUGAUGAUGAUGCGAGCGCGAGUGCGAGUUUACCUGUAGAUGGGAGUGCGAUUGUACCUGUGGACAAUGAUGAGAACCAAGCGAGUGCGAGUGUACCUAUACUAAUAGACAGUGAUGAGAACCGUGCGAGUGCGAGUGUACCUGUAGAUGAGAACAGUGCGUGUGCAUAUACACAAACAGAAGAAUCAUCCAGUGUUGUUGAUUUAAGGAAGAAGUUAACCGAUUGCCGUAGCAUUAUUGAAGAUAUGUCUAAGAGGCUUAGCGAAGUAUUGCCACCCUUUUGUAUAAGAUCUCUUCAGAAAGACGAUGAUGUCCGGUUCUAUACAGGAUUGCCCAAUGCCAGAGUAUUGAAAGCAGUUUUUGAUCAUGUUACAGCAUCACAAACCUGUUUAGACACAUGCCAAAAACUUUCUUCUUUCCAACAGUUUGUGCUUGUGAUGAUGAAAAUUCGUUUGAAUUGUCCGAAUCAGGAUAUUGCGUUUCGAUUUGAUGUUUCUACUGCAACUGUGUCUCGAUUAUUAUUGAAAUGGUUAAUCACAAUGGAUAUUCGACUCAACAAGUUGAUUGUGUGGCCUGAUCGGGAAAGCCUUCAAAAAACAAUGCCGGAAUGUUUUGAACUUGCUUUUGGAAAAAAGGUGGCUGUGAUUCUUGAUUGUUUUGAAGUUUUUUGCGAAAGACCUUCUAACCUAGAAGCAAGAGCGAGCACUUGGUCUUCAUACAAACAUCACAACACUGUGAAAGUUUUAUUAGGAAUUACACCACAGGGGUCUGUUUCGUACGUCUCUGAAACUUGGGGUGGUCGUACAAGUGACAAGUAUCUCACUGAGCAUUGUGGCAUUCUCGACAAUUUACUGCCUGGAGAUGUCGUUUUAGCGGAUCGAGGAUUCGACAUUUCUGAUUCAGUUGGACUAAUGCACGCUAGAUUACACAUCCCAGCUUUCACUAAAGGAAAAAGUCAAUUAUCAGCAACCGAAAUAGAAGAAACAAGGGCGAUCGCUAAUGUUCGAAUACAUGUUGAACGUGUGAUAGGAAAUGUUCGACAAAAGUAUUCUAUUUUACAAAGUACACUACCCAUUCAUUUUAUAAUUAAAAGAACUGGUGAGGAAGUUCCUCUUAUUGACAGGAUUGUUAGAAUAUGUUGUGCUCUUAAUAAUGUUUGUGAUUCUGUUGUACCUUUUCAUUGAAAAUAUUAUCAACAUAAUAAUUAUAGUCGUGAA